AGGAAUCUUUUUUCUGCCGCAGCUGGCCCAACUAGGCUAAAGUAGGGCUUAGGGCGGUCUCCCGUAGCGGGGGCGGGUCAGCCUCCUGCUGCGGGCUGUGACUGUUACAGAAAUGACUCGUAUUGCUCUCGUUGUUGUUAAUUAUUGUUGUAUGUGUAUGUGACUCACCCGCCCCUCAUUCCUCUUCCUUGCAUAUAAAAGCCCGUUCCUCGCGCUCCUUUAUGAGGCUCUCGCUUUUCUCUCCUCUCAGUCUCCAUCUCAGACCGCGUCCCCCGUCAGUUCUUUUUCCUGCCUCCAGAACAAUGGCGACCGCUCGCCAGCAGCCCACAUGGCAGCAGCCAGUCGCGCACCCGGACACCAAGCUGCCCCCUCUCAAGAUCUACAACUCGUUGACAAAGUCCAAAGUCCCCUUUGUGCCGCUUGAUCCCAAGGGCCGCAAAGUGACCUGGUAUGCCUGCGGACCGACAGUAUACGACGAUUCGCAUCUGGGCCACGCACGAAAUUAUGUCACUACAGACAUCAUCCGUCGCAUUCUUCGAGACUACUUCAAGUUUGACGUCGAGUUUAUUAUGAACAUAACCGACGUCGAUGAUAAAAUUAUUCUUCGAGGCCGUCAGCAAUAUCUCUUCAACAAGUUCGUUUCUGCGCACCCUACCAUCGAUGCGAGCGUUCUCAACACCGCAAAGACUGCUUAUAAGGCUUAUAUAACCAAGAGCCUGCCUCUAUUAGACCCUGAGCUGCCACCGGCGCAAUACCAAUCGGAAGUUGAAAAGGUGUAUGCUUUCGUGCUGAAUGGCGGGCCGCUGCCAGGCAAUGAAAAGCCUGGGGAUGACGAGGUAAAAGUGAAGAUGCACAUCAAAACCGUUGCUUCGGCGGCGAAAGUGAUUGCGGACGCCGAGAGCAACCCUGCGUCGGUAUUGAGUGAAUCAUUCUAUACAAAUGCGCAGGACGUGUUUCUCCCGUAUCUAGACAAACUGGAAGGGUCGACUAUCGAUGGAAGCGACCAUUCUAUCUUUACGAGGCUUACGAAGAAGUACGAGGAUCGUUUCAUGCAGGAUGUGCGAGACCUCAACGUACUGGAUCCUGAUGAGAUAACCCGAGUGACUGAGUAUGGUCAGGAGAUCGCUGACUUUGUACAACGCAUCGUGGACAAUAAAUUUGGAUAUGUCACAUCUGAUGGUUCUGUCUACUUUGAUAUCAAAGCGUUUGAGGAAGCUGGAUUCCCAUAUGCAAGACUCGAGCCGUGGAGCCGAUCUGACGGAAAGCUCGUCGCCGAAGGUGAAGGUGCUCUGACAAGUAAAUCGACGGAGAAGCGGUCAAAUUCCGACUUUGCGCUAUGGAAAGCUUCCAAACCAGGUGAGCCGAGCUGGGCGAGCGCUUGGGGUAAAGGAAGACCUGGUUGGCACAUUGAAUGCUCGGCGAUGGCCUCGGCGAAACUGGGACAAAGCAUAGAUAUUCACAGUGGUGGUAUUGAUCUGGCAUUUCCCCAUCAUGACAAUGAAUUGGCUCAGAGUGAAGCUUAUUGGAACACUCACUCUCAUGACCAGUGGAUCAACUAUUUCUUACACAUGGGCCAUCUUUCGAUACAAGGUUCAAAGAUGAGCAAGAGUCUGAAGAAUUUUACCACUAUUCGAGAAGCACUUGAUCGAAAAGACUGGACUUCUCGGAGCUUACGCACCGUGUUCCUAAUCGGAAACUGGAACGGUGGGAUUGAAAUCACAGAAGACCUUGUAAAUACCAGCAGCGCAUGGGAAGAAAAAGUCAACAAUUUCUUCUUGAAAAUGAAAGAUCUUUCGUUGCUGAAGACGUCAAGCGAUGGAUCCGAUCAAUCGUUGGGCGCUGCUCUCGAGACUGCCAAGACUGCAGUUCACGAUGCCCUUUGCGACUCUUUCAACACUCCAGCCGCUAUGUUCGCAAUUUCUGAUCUCAUCACCAAAUAUAACUCGACCGACAAGGCUACUAUUAACCCUGAGCAUGUUGAGCAAGCCGCGAGGUGGGUGACUUUCAUGGUCAACAUGUUUGGUUUGAAUGGCUCGGCAUCACCCGACGUCUCAGAAAUUGGCUGGUCUGGCAUUGAUGUGCCUGAAGAAGCGAAGCCAUACUUGUACCCGUUGUCGAAAAUGCGCGACUCACUUAGAGAAAAGGCGCGAUCAAAGGAAGGACUUACCGGCGCUGAGAUCAAGAGUAUUGUCGGCCAGGAAGCUGGAUCUGAGCCCUCUACGUCAGAGGCAGCGGAGCCAUACGCCAAAGUGCUUUCGGAUUUUCGAACUAAAAUAGACUCCCUUGGUGACUCAGACAAUAUUAGCAAGGAGAUCUUGACCCUCUGCGACCGCGUCCGUGACAUCGAUCUUUUCGACCUAGGCGUUUAUCUUGAGGAUCGGGAUAACCUACCUGCACUCGUCCGGCCCGUCACCAAGGAGUUACUACAAGCCCGAGAAGAAAAGGCGCAUAGGGCACGUCAAAAGCAGAUUGAAAAGGAGAAACGAGAGAAAGAAGCUCGCGAAAAGGCCGAAAAGGGACGUCUGAGCCAUUUGGACAUGUUCAGAACAAACGAAUACAGUGCCUGGGACGCCGAAGGGCUUCCCACGCACAACUCUGACGGUGAAGAGCUUCCUAAAAGCCGGGCUAAAAAGCUACGCAAGGACUGGGAAAGACAAAAGAAGCUGCAUGAAGCUUGGUUGGCGACCAGCUCGAAGAGUAUUGGAUAAAGAAGUGCUGUAUCUCGUUGUAGUUUUGCAUUAGAUGGCGUUAUUCCUGGAUAAUACCAAUAUAUAAGUUAGUGGCCAUUCUA